AUGAUGUACGUGAUUAUGUGGUCGCAUCGAGACGACUACAAUAUCAGUCCGUUUUGGACCAUCUACACGAUCGAUUGCGUUUUUGUGAGUUUUCUGCGUUCCAAUUUUGCGCCCCAUCUUUGUAGGUUCAUAUCUUUCGAACCAGCAACCGUAUCAAAAAGUGGUCAACUGAAAAAUUGUUGGAAAUUUUGUCCUCUACAACUUUGUAGUUGAUCAUUUUAUCCCAAAAUGUCUCCGUCUAAAGUUAUGCGUCUAGUUAUUGUUGUAACGGCGCUAAAGCCAUUCUUGUCGUGAAAAGUGGACAAAAAAGGUGAUUCAGGGAGCCAUCCACAUCUUCUUCGACAUUUUCUACUUUCGUCUGACGAUUUUCGUGCCGCAAGUCUGCGAAUCCUUCUCGUUUUUCCUCCGCUCCAACCCGUUUCUCAUCCACAUCUCCUUCCCCCUCUGGUAUUAUCUUCAUGUCGGACGAAUGUUGACGCAAGUCUUUAUUUGUGUCGAACGAUGUUGUUUCAAUUUGAUGACACCCAAAAACUAUCGAAAACUCUGGAUAUCCAGAGAGAAAAUGAUGAAUUUCGUCGUUGCCACCAUCUUCACAUUCCCGUUUUCGAUUAUUUGGAACAUUUUGAUAUCGGAAAAGUAUAUUCAGUACUAUUACGGCGGAUUUUCACCCGGAUACGCGAGACGCGUCAACUGGGCGAGUUUAUCCAAGAGUUUUCCAUUUUUAUCCCAUAAAUAUUGUCGCUUCAGUUCAGCACAACCGCGUGGCAAUUGUCGUACAUGCAAGUGUCCAUGACCAUCGUAAUCCUCACAAAUAUUGUGCUCAUCUCGAAUUGGGCACUCAAGCGACGAGUGCGUCCGGGUAUCGAAUGUCGGAUAAGUUUAUCGAUAUCCAUCGAAUAUUUGUGUGUCGGUCUCGUCUUUUGCUACCUUCACAUUCGAAAAUUCGCCUUCGACGACAACAACUUCAUCUACGUGCUCGUCUUUUUCACUUGGGACGCAUUCAAUUGUCUGUGAGUUCGGCUGCUCUUCGAUAUUCAUCGAUAAAAGUGUUGAUAAGUGUGGAUAAACGUUUUCAGAAGUCCCAUUAUAAUGACAACGUUUAAUGGUCAUUUGAGGAAACAAGUGUUUUCGAGCGAGCCCAUCGAUGACGACAUUUUCCAUCCCCGCUAG